ACGACGUCAGCAGCGGCACGUCCAGACGGUCUCCCCCAGAAAGCGCGCCGGACUCCGCAGCCGCGCCAGCGCCCGAGCAGUGCCGCCACGGCAGCAGCAGCAGCAGCAGCAGCGGGGGGAGCUCUCAGGCCAGCGCGGACCGCGGGAGGGGGGCUGCGCUUGAGUCACGACGACCCGCCGGUUCUGCAGUCAAGAGACCUCCCGACGACUCCGGGCUCCCCCGGCCGGAAAGGGCUGUAGCUGCUUGGCCAGCGCCGCCGGCCGUGCCUCAAGGGACGGAGCGAGCCAUGCACUGACCGGACGGAGAAGAAGAGCAUGGAGAAGGCCGGCUCCCUGCACGCCUCGGUGCCGGCGCCGCCGCCGCGCCUCUACCUGCCGCGCCACUUCAGCUGCAGCGCGUGCCUCUAUGGCGGCCUGGCCGAGCGCUGCAAGGGCGGCUGCAGCCCGGAGCCCGAGGCGGUGGAACUGGCGCCCUCGCCGCCCGCCUCGCCGCCCCCCGUGACCCGCCAGGCGCCCUCGCCGCCUCCCGCGCCGCGAUCGCCCUCGCCGCCGCCCGCCUCGCCCUCGUCGCCCUCCGCCUCGCGCGGCAGGGAGCCCACGGUGUCCGCCGUGCCGCCCAGCCCCACGCUGCGCCGCCGGGCCAAGUCCCUGCCCACGCCCGGCGAGAGGGGUCUCCGGCCGGCCCUGCAGCAGAGCCCGUCGCGCCGCAAGACGGUGCGCUUCGCCGACUCGCUGGGCCUGGAGCUGAUCGCCGUGCGCCACUUCUGCCAGGCCGACGUGCCGCACGUGCCGCCCCCGCCGGCGCCCCUGCCCGCCUCGCCGCUGCCCCGCGCCGCGGACCUGCUCAAGACGCGCAAGCCGCCGGCGCUGGGGGAGCUGGAGCCGGUGCUCUUCGGGCCGCCCGCGGGGCCCGCGCUGGAGCCGCUCUUCCCGCCGCAGCCCGGCAGCAGCGCCGGCUUCCUGGAGCGCGUGCGGCAGAGCAAGGUCCGGCUGGAGGCCGUGCGGGCCGAGGCGGCGGCGCUGCGCGGCUCGGUGCGCGUCCUGAACCUGGCCUACGAGAAGGCCGUCUCGGUGCGCUACACGCUCAACCGCUGGGCCAGCAGCCACGAGGUGCCCGCCGCCUACCUGCCGCCGGGCCACGCCGGGGACGGCCUCACCGACCGCUUCGUCUUCCGCCUGCCCGUGGGCGCCGGCGCCACCUGCCUGGAGUUCGCGCUGCGCUACCGCGUGGCCGGCGCCGAGUACUGGGACAACAACGACGGCCACAACUACAAGCUGCGCGCCCGGCACAGGCCGCCCGACGCCUCCUGCCCCCAGGCCGACGGCGGGGGCGCCUGGAUCCAUUUCAUCUGAGCACCACCGGGCCGGCUUCCCCUGCCCUGAAGGCCGCCGCCGCCGCCGCCAGCCUCUGCAGCUGCGCCUCUCCGGGGUGCGGCAGGCGCCCUCCUUGCUGCGUGGGGCCAGAGAGGACCAAGAGCGCCUCCACCGCUGCGGGGAGUGAUGGUCUCAUGAUGUGCUUAUAGUAAGGAGUCUGCACCUCCUCCAGUGCUGUGGCCUCAUGCACUUUAUAGUAAGGAAUCCUGCUCCUGCCAGAGGAAGUGAAAAACACUGUGUAAAGCAAAGCCCACCUCCAACCGUAUGGCCCCUUAUUUGCUUGGUUUGUGUGUUUCUUUUGUUUUGUUUUUUGCUUUGCUGCCCGCUGCCCACUGUCUCUGAGGCACAAGUGUGCCAAAACGUUCCACAUCCACCUUUGACUUUGAAUUGUCUUUUUCUUCUUGCCAGCUAGGUCUGCACUUCUCAAUUUACUGAACAGGAAGGAAGUUCCGUUGAAGUCUGCUGUAGUUCUCGCCAAGGCGAUGAGCCACAUGUGGUCCUCCACCUCAGGCGGAAAGUGAGGAAUCACAUGUCUCAGUGCUCCUCCACAGAAACAGUUCCCUGCAGGUAGACAACUGGAACAUUAGGGGACAGCCUGUUUUGGCUGUGACGUGUUAAUUUUCCAUUGGCAGGGAGAUUUUCUGUGGAGGAGAGUUCAGUAGCAUGAUUCAGCAUCUACAGUCGUAUAGCCCAGACAGACGUUUGCCACCCCAGUGAAAACUGGCACUCGAUAAAGCAUGGGCCGCAUACAUGUUUUGAGUUGUGAGCCUGCUGCGGCCGUACACUCACCAUGCUGUGUUUAGGCAGUGUGUUCCCCUGAGAUCAGUUUUUUUUUUAAUGUGUUUACAGCAGUCGCCUACUGCAAAGAGCCACAAUUGGCUGGAGACUGGUGACAUCACUAGUCCAUUCCCCCAAAGCAGUUUCUUGGCAUUUUAAAAACUGGUUUUUUUUUAAGGUGUCUAGAAAUACGUUUAAUUGGAUGGAUGUACUCGCAAAUAUUGAACAUUGAAAACAAGGAAGUGGCAAGGCAAGCUACUGACCGGUGUCAAAUUCGUGGCCCUCCAGAUGUUAUGGACUACAGUUCCCAUGCUGGCAGGGGAUGAUGGGAACUGUAGUCAAUAACAUCUGGAGGGCCACGAGUUUGACACCUAUUAUGGUUGCCAAAGCUGCAGCAAAAGCAGGGGGAUGCCAUCCUUAAGCUACACAAGGAAAAAUAAUGCAGGGAAUCUUGAUUUGCUUCUGUGCAAAUAUAUCCUUCCUGUUUAAAUGUAUGUUGAGUUGCACUGAAGGGAUUGUUUCAGUUUGUGAUUAUAUGUGAACAGUCUGCAUUGGAAAUUGGAAUCCGCACUCUCCAAGGAUGUAAAUGGUUUAGGCAGCCGAGUGUGACAGAUGUCACCACUGUACUUUCCCCUGAGGGCUUCCUGUGUGCUUGAUAAAGUGACAACGCGCUUUCCUUCAAAAUACAGAAAGAUCCAAUUUUCUCAAAUUGUGCCACUUUUCCCUCCUCAACCCUGCCUGGUUGGACCAUGAGGCCUCUUCUGCUGAUCUCAGGUAUUGUUUCUUCUGCAGUUCUUCGGUCACUGUCACUAAGUUGUGAGAUGCUUGUUUUUUAUACAUCACCAGAUGAUAUUUUCGAAUUGUGUAUUUCCAAGUGAAAUGCAGACAGUCUGUGUUUUAUAUCUUGAGCAGUACGGAAAAGGGAGGGAAGUGACUUCAGAGAAGUGACUCAGAGGCAGAAUGUCCGGAAAGGGGUGUGUUGAAACAACCUGCAAGGUCCUCAGUUGCUUAAACUUUUAACCCCACUCCUUUCAUUUGUUACUAGAAGAAGAGUUUGGAUUUAUAUCCCCCCUUUCUCUCCUAUAGGACACUCAAAGGGGCUUACAAUCUUCUUGC